AUGAGCAAACCCUGGAUCUUGGUCUCCCCCUCAACCCGUGGCAUAGGCUACGCCCUCACCCGUCACCUCCUCCAAAAGACGUCCCUCCCCAUCCUCGCGACAGCUCGUCACCGCCAUGACCCCAAGGAUGUCAAGGCUUCUCUCCUCGAGGGUCUCCCCAAGAGCGACAGCCUCGCCUCAAGGCUCUCCAUCGUCCACGCCGACGUGACGGACGACAAGUCCCUCGGCGAGGCAGCUUCCAAGGCAGCGGAUUUGUUUCCUACGGAUAAGCAUCAUCUGCGAUUUGCGUGCGCCAUUCCUGGCAUCUUGAGACCCGAGAAGAACCCAAGUCAGGUCGACGCUGAGGCGAGUCUCGAGCAAUUCCGCAUCAACACUGUCGGCCCCCUACUUCUUAUAAAGCACUUUGACGCCUUUCUCCCCAAGCGGACGACAGAGCUCGCUCCAAGCCCCGAGAGUGACGAGCUUCAGCUCCCUGACCAUGCUGUAUGGCUCAGCAUGGCGGCCCGUGUAGGAUCAACAACGGAUAACCGUUCAGGAGGCUGGUUCUCGUACCGGGCGAGUAAAGCCGGCGUCAUCAGCUUGGGCAAGAGUUACGACAACUUCCUGCGAGGUCGAAGCGGUGACAAGGCCAUCUCAGUCGCCUAUCACCCAGGAACAGUAAAGACGGAUCUCAGCAAGGGCUUUUGGAACAGCGUGGAGGAAGGCAAGCUCUUCAGCCCCGAAUACGCAGCCGAGAAGCUUGUAAGCGUCGCCACGGGGUUGAGCCUGGAUCAGAGAGGCAAGUGUUGGGGAUGGGAGGGAGAAGAGGUUCCGCCAUAG